UCCCCGGGGGUCACAUGGUCCCGUUUUCAGCCCCGUGCGGGCAUACAUGCAGUGCGUCCUUGUUCCUUUCCUAGGGAUGAGGGAGACUGAGCAAAACCAGGCCGACUUGGAAACUGCGGUUCAGACCUACACGGAUAGAGCCUGUGACAGCAUAGACGCUUUUCGUAAUGUUUUUACACUGGCAGUGCUCACAGAGAAGCGAUUCACAUUACGCGGGAACUUGCUCGAUAGCAGAUGCAUCCUUUGGUACAGUUUAUUAACCCUGGUUCUAAGUAUUUUAAUGAGUAUUCGAACUCAAACAGAGCUUUUAUUAUAGUUACUUAAUGACAUCGUUAUAACAGAGAAUAGAGGACCUGCUUUUUGCCAAGAACCUCGCCAGAAGGGAAAUGAUCCUUUCCUAAACUGUUUUCUAUUUGAACCGAUAUCUAUAUGAAUGUUUUUGAGCUCAGGUUGGCAACAACAGCAAUGGACACAAAUAACAACAACACAGGGGGUGUAAUCUCCUACAUCGGCUCCAGUGGCUGCUCACCGAAUCACACCAGCCCGGUGUCUAUGUACAGCGAGAACUCCUUCGGAGCCUCCUUCCCUCCCUCCCCCAAUGGUUCCCAGAGCUUCUCCAAUGCCUACUCCGGCAGCUCCAGCUCCUCCAAUGGUGAUGAUGGCAACUCCUCUUCCGGCUCUGGAGGGUCCCCAAGGCCUAGGGGUCGUAAUGACAACAGCAUCUCUCGCUGCUCCACCAGCAAGUCCGUGGCAAGCCUUACCAAACUGAAUGGGAUGGUGCUGCUGUGUAAAGUGUGUGGAGACGUCGCCUCAGGCUUCCACUAUGGCGUCCAUGCCUGUGAGGGCUGCAAGGGAUUCUUCCGACGCAGUAUCCAGCAGAACAUCCAGUACAAAAAGUGCCUGAAGAACCAGACCUGCACCAUCAUGAGGAUUAACCGCAACCGCUGCCAGCAGUGCCGCUUCAAAAAGUGUCUGUCCGUGGGCAUGUCCCGCGAUGCUGUUCGCUUUGGCAGAAUACCUAAGCGUGAGAAGCAGCGCAUGCUCGCAGAGAUGCAGAGCGCCAUGAACAACAUGAACAACAUGCAAAAUGAGUUCCAGCUGGCCAGCCUGACCCACAACUCUCCCCCUUCUCCCACUUCCUCCUCUCCCUGCCCGGGUCUGACUGUGGCACCCCAGCCUCAGGCCCUGCCUUUUGCUCCUUCCCCUUGUCCUCCAGCACAAGCCCCUGCUUCCCUUCUGCCCCCACCAACCACCCAAAGCCCGCCACUGUUGGCCAGCUCUCCAACCCUGUGCCCCAGCCCUGGGGUGGACUGCACCAUAACGGCCAUUGCCCGGGCGCACCGUGAGACCUUCGUCUACGCCCACGACAAACUGGGCGAGUCCACGAGACAGCAUAACGGAGAGGUGGACAACUGGGGCUCCAACUACUGCCCUGCUGGCUACCAUCAGAACGGCCUCUACACAAUCUACCACCACAACAACAACGUGGGCCUCCAGCACCAUGGCUCCCAGGCCAUGUCUGACAGACAUCACCAGAACAAUGGCAAGCAGUUCCACAACAGCAACCUGUUCGGGUGCCACCAAGGCAUUGAGACCAGCAGCGUUCCCCAGGGGCAGAACUUCUCAUGGAAAAACCACAAGGACAUUGUGCUGGCAUGUCCAAUGAACAUGUGCCCCCAAGACGAACCCAACAAGAACCCUCAGGAGAUCUGGGAGGACUUCUCGCUCAGCUUCACGCCGGCUGUGCGCGAGGUGGUGGAGUUCGCCAAGAAUAUUCCAGGGUUCAGUGCACUCUCUGAGAACGACCAAGUCACCCUGCUCAAGGCCGGCACCUUUGAGGUCUUGACGGUGCGCUUUGCCUCUCUCUUCAACGUGAAGGAGCAGACUGUCACCUUCAUCUCUGGUGCCACCUACAGCCUGGAGGCCCUGAAGGGCAUGGGUAUGGGAGGCCUGCUAGACACCAUGUUUGAAUUCAGCGAGAAACUCAACUCCCUGGAACUCACGGCCGAGGAGCUGGGUCUCUUCACCGCUGUAGUGCUAGUGUCUGCAGAUCGCUCAGGCAUCGAGAACAUUAACUCCGUGGAGCUGCUUCAGGAGUCUCUGAUCAGAGCACUGCGUGCCCUGGUCAGCAAGAACAACCCCUGUGACGUCUCUCGCUUCACCAAGCUGCUGCUGAAGAUGCCCGACCUGCGCACACUCAACAACAUGCACUCAGAGAAGCUGCUGUCCUUCCGCAUCGACGCAUAAGAAUGUCACCACUGAUGACAAGAAAACCUGUCUGGACUCGUCGCUCAUCUCCACCUCACAGACAGUGGUGGUUGGUCGGCUAAGGGGCGGGGCAAGUUGGGAGGGUGACGCGAUCUGAUUCCGCCUGCUCCCUUGCCCCCUUCAGGGACACCCGCCCGCCUCCGAGUUGACUGAUGUGCGCUUCAGCCAAUAACAUGGCCAAGAGACAGUGACUGACAACUGAUAUGGGUAAGGCCAAUAGACCCUUGGAGAGGAGGGAAACUAAACCCUCUACAUAAAUUAUUUUGGGUGGAGGUUGGGGUGGUCGCAGCUCAAAACUGCCCAGAACAAGUGCCCCCUCUACACCAGCUGGUCUGAGGGGGCCAGAGACCACUAGUCGGUUGAGGUGAACCAAAAGCAGCAUGGGACUUUUCUACCCCACAUGUCCAGCUAGGCCUGGUUCCUUCCAAGAGGCUGCUAGAUACAUAUUAAAACCAUCUGUUCUCUGUUUUAUCAUGACUGUAAAUAAUUAGUCAAAUUUAUGCAUUGUUGUAUACUUUAUUCAUACUGCAAACUGAGUUUGUACAAAUUUGUAAAUAUCUAGCUACAAACAUCAAUAGGCCUACUUGAAAUGUUAGAAAAAUGUGUAUAAUAUAUAUUUUUUUGUUAAGAUGAAAUGCUUUAAGGUGCAAAGUUGUAAAUGUGUGGGUAGAAAUGUAUAAAAUUCCAUUUUAGUGUAUGCGUAUGAAAAACAAUAUCCAGACUUUUAUUUCAAAAAUGUUUUAUGUAAAUGAAGGAAUUAUAUAUAAAAAAACAUACUUACUUGAA